UUACUUGAAGAAAGUAUAUUAGCUAAAUUAUCAGAGAAUAAAAUAUAUAAUGAAAGUUUACUUGAAAAUAAUUAUAAAAGUUUGCUUAAAAACAAUAGUAAAAGUGUAUUUGAAUAUAACUAUAAAAGUUUACUUAAAAAUGAUUAUAAAAGUUUACUUAAAAAUAACUAUAAAAGUUUACUUGAAAACAAUUAUAAAAGUUUACUUGAAAAUAACUAUGAAAGUUUAUUUAAAAACAAUUAUAAAAAUUUAUUCAAAAAUAAUCUUGAAGUUUGUUUAAGCAAAAAGUACAAACCUUCUAUUUUAAUGGCUAUUAUUUUAGAUACAAAUAUUCAAAUAAUU